AGCCUCAGUUGUAGUUUAGCUCAAGUACAGUUUGGAUCUGAAACUAAGCGAGCAAAUACUUAAAAGCUAUAGCAAUUGUUUUCUUAAGUAGUUAUGUACUGAUAAAUAAAAAAUCGAAUUUUAUUAAUAGAAAUCUCAUUUGUGUAGAUUAUUAUUAUUCUACACAAAUUCGGAAAAAAAUAUUAAAAAACUUUGUUUAAAUAUUUUUAUUAAUCUUAAAUAAAACUAAAUCAUGGAACGAACAAUAAGUUUUUCAUUACUAUUUUUAAAAAUUUUAAUAUUUGUAAAGGCGAGCGGUUUCUACUCAAUUAUAGCUCCUGGCACCAUACAGCCUCACUAUAACUAUUCAGUCAUUGUAACUCUACAUCAAAAUUCUGAACCAGCAACAAUUAAAGUGGGAAUAAAAGGACCAUCAUAUAGUGAAGAAAAAACCAUUUAUAUUGCACCAUCCCAUACAAAAGUCGUAAACUUCGAAAUACCUAAAUUACAAACAGGAACAUAUCAUUUAGAAUCGGAAGGCAUUAAAGGAUUAAUUUUCAAAAAUUGCACUAUAUUGAAUUUUAAAAAUAAAGAACCUAAAACUUAUAUACAAACGGACAAAGCGGUUUACAAGCCCGGUGAUUUAGUACAAUUUCGUAUUAUUGUAUUAGAUGAAAAUACAAGACCUGCCCAAUUAGAAGAACCUCUAAAUUUGGAUUUUAAAGAUGGUGCCGGCAAUUUUGUAAAACAAAUCAAAGAUGUCAAAUUAAUCAAAGGUGUUUAUAGCGGAGAAUUUCAAUUAUCUGAUCAACCAGUUUUGGGCAACUGGCUGAUUGAGGUAAGUUUGGAUGCUAAUAAAAAUCAUACCAAAACUAGAAAGAAAUUUGAAGUGGCCAAAUAUAUGUUGCCAAAAUUUAGUCUUGAUGUAGAGACAGUUAAAGAUAUUGCCAUUGAUGACCCCCUGAAAAUUACGAUACGUUCCAAGUACACAAAUGGCAAAUCGGUUAAGGGUAAAGCUACUAUUACAAUAUAUACAAAAAAUGUCCAAGCUAAAACUGAAAAAAUCAUCGAUAUAGAUGGUAAAGGUCAUAUUGAAAUCGAUCUGAAGAGAGAUCUUGAUGAAGUAUUACCCAAUUUUAAGGAUCAUUUAGAUUACCAUUACUAUGUACCACCAAUCGAUAUACUGGUUGUCAUGACGGAAAAAUAUACAGGACAUAAACAAAAUAAAACGGUUUCAGUAAAUUUACACCCUUUAAGGUACAACAUUGAAGUCCCUCAGAGUAUUUAUGAAUACAUUGCCAAUGAAACAUUUCAGUUAAAGGCCUUUAUAAACAAUGUUGAUGGAUCACCUGUUCGGAAUGGAAAACAUAUGGCAAAGCUUUCGAUAGGGACAAAUCGUCGAUAUUAUCCUGAAACAGUCUUUGAAUUUACCAGCAAGCCCAAUGAAUAUGGUCUAGCUGUGUUUAAUGUGACUAUACCUACGGCCGAUUACUUCUACAAUGUGAAAGUGACUUAUGUCGAUCAAACAAGGCUUCUAACCAGUUUAAUGGGUAGAAAAAUAAGGAAGAAAAAUAACGACAUCUACUCUGGCGAUGAAGAUGUGGGGUCUUUGAAGUUGAUCAAGAGAACAGCAAAGCUUCGACUUGAUAAAGACGUUGUCGUAGAUGUAAAAUCAAACAAAAAUAUUUCAUACAUGUAUGUCUACUCCGUUGUAGCCCGUGGCAACAUUAUUAAACAGGAACAUGUUAAAGUAACAGAAAAUUUUAACUCAUGUGAAAUUAGAAUUAAACCUUCCUUUGCAAUGGUACCCGUUUCGCAUUUAUAUGUCUAUUUUGUACUUGAUGGCGAUUUAAAGUUUAAAGAAAUGACACUUGAUUUUCCCAGAGAAUUUCAGAAUAAGAUUGAAAUCACUGCUCAGAAAGAAGCUAAACCAAAUGAGAAAGUUACUUUGAAUAUCAAAACAGAUCCACAUUCAUAUGUAGGUCUAUUGGGUGUGGAUCAAAGUGUACUAAUGUCAACAUCAGACAAUGAUUUUGAUUCGAAUAAAAUUAUUGAUGAUAUAAGUUUAUAUGAUACUCUAACACCUAAUAUUGGUGGUUAUGGAAACUACCCGGGUAGAACAUCGGGUUUGAUUACCCAAACAAAUGCCAAUUAUCGUUAUUAUACUGACUAUCCCGGUAUACAUUAUAAACCAAUAAAUGGAAUAGGGUAUCCUGACCUUCUAUCAGUACUACCAGAUUUUCUAGCAGCUGAUCUUCCUACUGCAUAUCGUGUUUCAUCCAGUUCCAAAAUGAAACCAAAAGAAAAAGUAAUUGGAGAAAAUUGGAUUUUCAAUAAUUUAAACAACACCGAUAAAAAUGGCUUGGCUACUUUCACCAAAAACAUACCCGAUACCAUUACUUCUUGGGUAGUGACUGGCUUCUCUUUGAACGAUGAAACUGGGUUUGGUAUGGUGGCAAAUCCUACAAAUAUUAAAGUAUUCCAGCCCUUCUUUAUGAACUAUUCCGUAAAGCCUAGUGAAGUUAUAUCCAUACCCGUAGUAGUCUUCAAUUAUAUGGAUAAAACCUUAGAUGCUGAAGUUACCAUGGAAAACACCGAUAACGAAUAUGAUUUCAUUAAAUUAUCUAAUGGAAUUGAGGAAUUAGUUUUAGAGGACAAACAACGUGUUAAAAGAGUAAGUGUGCCCUCGAAUAGUGGCAAAACUAUGUCUUUUAUGAUACGUCCCAAUAAGGUGGAAGAAAUUACUUUAAAAAUUAAGGCUGUAACACCCUUGGCUGGUGAUGCUAUACAUCAAAAACUUAAGGUAGAACCAGAAGGUGUUACUCAAUAUGAAAAUCAAGCCAUUUUUAUAACUCCCUCUAAAGAACCCUUUAAGGAAACUCUUAAAACUGCUAUACCCAAAGAAGCUGUAUUGGAUUCUGAAUAUUUGGAAUUUUCUGUGGUUGGUGAUAUUUUAGGUCCCACUAUUAAGAAUAUUGAUAAAUUAGUCCGUAAACCUUAUGGUUGUGGUGAACAGAAUAUGGUUAACCUUGUGCCCAAUAUUUUGGUUUUACACUAUUUGGAUGCUAUUAAACGUGAAAUGCCGACUGUGGUUGAAAAAGCUAAAAAUUAUAUGGAAGUUGGUUAUCAGCGUGAAUUGAACUAUAAACAUAAAAAUGGUGCUUAUAGUGCUUUCGGUGAGGGCAGCAGUGAACCGAAUAGUUGGCUUACCGCUUACGUGGCUCGUUCCUUUAUACAGGCUAAAAAAUAUAUUACUAUUGAUUCGAAUGUCAUUGAUGAAGCAUUACAAUAUGUGGUAUCAAAUCAAUUGGAGAAUGGUCAAUUUAAACAGACUGGACGUUUAUUCCAUCCGGCUCAUCAGAAUGAUGUUGGUUUUACGGCUUUUGCUUUAUUGGCCUUUUUGGAAGACAUGGACUAUUCUAACAAAUACAAAUCAGAAGUCGAGAAAGGUAUUAAGUAUUUGGUGGAUAAUAUUGAAAAGGAAAGCGAUACCUAUGCUCUUGGCCUGGCAAUGGUGGUCUUAAAGAAAGUACAACAUCCUAGUGCUGACAAGCUAAUGGAAAAACUCGAAAAAUUAGCUCAUGAAGAAAAUAGUAUUAAAUGGUGGACAAAAUCGUCUAAGGAUCAUAACAACGAUAUUGAAAUAACAGCGUACAUAUUGGAAGCUUAUGUAUACACUGAACCAGCUGGAAAACUUUUACCCAUUAUUAAAUGGUUGAUAGGUAAACGUAAUAGUAAUGGUGGUUUCGAUUCAACACAAGACACCGUUGUGGGUCUACAAGCUCUAAUCAAAUUUGCUGAAAAGUAUAUUGCUGGUGGAUAUGGUAAAAUGACGAUUAAGUUUGAGGCUCAAGAUGAAGAGGGAAAAGAAACCACUAAGGGUAGUUUUUCGGUAGAUAAGGAGAAUUCCUUGAUUUUGCAAACUCAUGUGCUUCCCAAAUCCUCCCGUCAAAUAACAUUGGAAGCCAAUGGUGAAGGCUCAUCACUGGUACAAUUAUCUUAUCGUUAUAAUUUAGCCAACAAAGAUGACAAACCUAGUUUCAGUAUUAAGCACACAAUUCAACCAACCGAUUAUCCCAGUCUAUUAAAAAUGGAUGUUUGCUCUGAGUUUGUUCCCGGCGCCAAUAGUGAUUUAAAACAAUCUAAUAUGGCCAUUAUGGAAAUAUAUCUACCAUCUGGUUUUACCGCCGAUACCGAUAAGUUCGAUGCCAUACGUCAAGCCAAACAAGUACAACGUGUUGAAACCAAGAAUUCCGAUACAGCUAUUAUUAUAUAUUUCGAUUAUCUAACGGCUGGUGAAGAGGUAUGCUUCAAUGUUAAUGCCGAGAAGACUCAUGCCGUUGCCAAGCAAAAGUCAGCCGCCAUCACCAUGUAUGAUUACUAUAAUUCGGAUCAACGUGCCACUGUUUACUAUGAAGUCAAGUCAUCGUUGUGUGAUAUUUGUAAAGAGGGUGAAUGUGGCAAAGGCUGUGAAAAUAAAGAAGCCAAUAAAAAGGCAUAAAUACUAAAAAAUAUUAAAGAAAUAAAUAUUAACAAUUUAUUAACUUAAGUAAUAUAUAUAAAAUACUAAUAUGUAUGAAUAUAAAUAAUUCACAAAGAUUAAUAAAAACGGUUGAAUUAGAAAAAACAAGU